GUGCUCCUCACUCCCCUCUCGCGCGCGGUGCUCCCUCGCCAACCGCCUUCGUCUUUUAAAUCAGGAGGCUUUUCGAAGACCAUGCACUAGGACCCGGGCAGGGUCCGAUAUUACGAACUGCAGCCGAUAGAGUAACCCCGGACCGGCCUCCGAAUUCCGAAAAGGUCUAGCCAGCUAGCCAGAUCGAAAACAAGUUAAAAAGCUAGCUAGCUUCCGAUUGAUCGGUCGACGUCAAGACGGGUCUACCGGUGUGGAUGCUGGGGUUGGACGCGGCUCGCUUGGAAGCCGACAUGAACCGUUUGAUGGCCCAGCUCUUCCACCAGGGAGUGCUGGAUGAGCAGUUCAUGCAGCUGCAGCAGCUUCAGGACGAUUCAUCUCCCAACUUCGUGUUGGAGGUCAUCUCCAUCUACUUCCGUGAGUCGGAGAAGAUGCUCACGAACCUCCGACAUCAACUUGCGGACAAAGAAGUAACCGACUAUACAAAGAUUGGAGUCCAUCUGAACCAUUUGAUGGGCAGCAGUUCUAGCAUCGGAGCAAAUCGCAUCACGACUGUCUGCAUUGCCCUCCGGGCAGCAUCCGAGCAAUGCAGCUGGGCUAGAUGCCUGCGGUGUUUGGAGGUGCUGGAGCACGAGUACUGCUACCUCAAGGCGAGACUGCAUGAGCUCUUCCAGAUGGAGCAGCAAAGAGUAAUAGCGGCUGGGGUUAGGUACCGACCGCAGUUGGCUUGA